CGGCGUCACAAAAUAUCCUCGUCGUACAUCAAAUCUAUAUGUAAACAUUCUACUGCAAAACAAAUUAAAAAGGCUGCUUAAAGAACUACUAUGGCUUAUCUCUUACCAUUUGCCAUCUGUUUGGCUCUAUGUUUAGCUGGGGUGUCACUUUAUCGCUACGGAAACAUAAAACGCCAACAUAUCAUAGUAACGCUGUCAGUGUUGAUGGCUUGGUGUUUUUCUUUUUUAAUAGUAUUUACGAUUCCAUUAGAUGUCACAUCAACUCUAUAUCGGCAAUGUUUACAAACGCAACGUAUUGGUGUAUCUGCCACAACAAUUCAUUCGAUUGAUUCGAUUAAUAAUAGUGACUCUUUGGACAUCGCUCCUGCGAAGCUAAUAACAGAAAAGAAUACGGAAUGCCAAGCGCCUUGGGGUAUGAUUCCGGAAGCCGUUUUCCCAAACUUGUGGCGUAUAAUUUAUUGGUCUUCACAAUUUCUAACGUGGUUGAUCAUGCCUCUAAUGCAAUCGUAUUUAAAGGCAGGCGAUUUCACAAUUAAAGGCAAACUGAAAUCGGCUUUAAUCGAAAAUGCCAUCUAUUACGGUUCGUACUUAUUUAUAUGCGGCAUUUUGCUGAUUUACAUAGCUGCUAAAGGCGUAACACUGGAUUGGCAGAAACUAAAAGCAAUCGCUUCUUCUGCCUCUAACACUUGGGGUCUAUUUUUACUUGUUUUGUUAUUAGGUUACGCUUUAGUAGAAGUGCCACGUUCAUUGUGGAACAAUGCCAAGCCUGGUUUUACCGUACAGUAUGCUUACUUUAAACUCUCAAAGUUAAAUACAGAAAAGGCAGAAGCUGAAGAGAAUGUUGACGAUGUCCUUGAGUCCUUGCAAGGUAUAAAUCGAGCUGUGCCUAAUAAUCAUGAAUUGCGUCCAUGUGUAGAGACUAUAAUGCGUAAGGUACCUAACGAAUUGUUAGAACGAGCUAUACGUAAUUAUUCAAGGGGCGGUAACGGCGGUGGGACAUCAACUAUAGUUCCCUCGGAAAAGGCCUUAAUACGCAUACAUAAGCAAGUAAUUAAAUCAUUGCAAACGCUGCAACGUACUGAAGCUUUGUGGAGCGUUCAAGUUGAAACAGUACUGCACUUAGAAGAUGUGGCACGUAAUAUGAAUUCAUCGGAACGACGCUUCAAGAGUGAGUUUCCUCACCAGCGAUCCAAGUUCGGUCGUAUAUUAUACUCUCCGGUUUUGCAUUGGUAUUGGGCUUGUUUGUUUAGAUCGCCAUUUCUCAAGGCGCUGUGUGUCUUAACCGCUGUUAUGUCUGGAUUGGUGGUUUGGAGCGAGCUGACAUUUUUUCAGAGGCGACCGGUUCUAUCUAUAUUUGCAAAUAUUUUAAAUGCGGCUAAACACAGUUACGAUUUUUUAACAAUUGAAAUGCUUUCAAUGAUCGUUUUAUGCUAUCUCUUCUAUUGUACAUAUUCUACGAUAUUGCGUAUACGAUUUUUAAAUCUGUAUUAUUUGGCACCGCAUCAUCAAACAAACGAACAUAGUUUAAUAUUUAGUGGCAUGUUGUUAUGUCGCCUCACACCUCCUAUGUGUCUCAAUUUUUUGGGUCUUAUUCAUAUGGAUUCGCAUAUAAUUAAAGAACGCGUAAAGGAAACUUACUACACUCAGAUUAUGGGGCAUAUGGACGUUAUUGGUAUUAUAUCUAAUGGAUUCAAUAUUUACUUUCCUAUGUGUAUGUUGGCUUUUUGUCUCGCUACUUGGUUUAGCUUGGGCUCAAGAGCUUUAAAUGCUAUGGGUUUCCAACAAUUCCUGCAAAAUGAAGAUAUAGUUACAGAGCUGGUGCAGGAAGGUAAAGAUCUAAUAGCGCGCGAGAAACGUAGAAAGCAAAGAGCGGAAGAUGCUUUGACAAGGCGUAGAGACUUUUCACGUCCCGAAGUUACAGCUACGAAUGAAUAUAUCAAUAAAUAUCGUAAUCUAAAUAUAAGCACAGCAAUAAAUAAUAGUGGACGUCCUACGCAAAACAUACCAUCCGACGAUUUAUUGGGCAAUGGUGAUAAUCUACAUUAUUCUACAUUACCUCGUUCAUUAUCCGAUGAGAUUAAUGAACGUUUUGGUAUUAGUACACAAAUGCAAGUUGGUUUUAAAGGCUCGUCAUCCGCGAAUCGUUUAGAAUAUGACGAUAAUGAAGGCACGGGUACAGAGCCCCCCCGUGGCCUUUUUGAUGAUGUGUAAUCUGAGCAAUACACUUAAGAGCUGAUAAAUAUUAGUCACAAAAAGAAAAAAAACAUUAAAAGAAAAUGUUCUAUAACAAGUUGUUAGUUGCAAUGACUGUAGUGAUGUAGUGAUUAUAUGCCAAUUUACGUAAAAAAAGAAAAAGAUUACAACAAAGAACGCAGCAUUCGAAACAUGUAACACUAGCGUUGCUGCUAUCUUAGUAUUGAAAAAAAAAAAAA